ACAGAGGCGGCGUCAAUGAGUCAUUGUUUCAAUGUUGGCCGGCACCGUGGAUCGCACCGAGCCACUUUUGACGCCUCUCCCGCUGCGAAAGUCAACGGAAGAAGCUCACCUUGGGGGGAAGAAGUCUGGCCGGCCGGCCGGCUGGCUGGGCCCGUUGGACGCAUGCGCGUUCGCGACUGGUUUGUGGGUGAAGGCCGAGCGCUUCCGGCUGCCGCCGAUACACCCAAGCCGUGCGCGGCCCGCGGAGGAGUAACCAGAGCAACGGAAGACCGCGUACCGCGAACAUGUCUUCGAGAACCGCUGCCUGUCGCCUGCCUCGCGCUGUACGUCCUCGCAAUCGGUUCCGAUGCUCAAGUGAGUGACGAUGCGACACGCAAGUGCCUGAACUGCAUCUGCUACGCCAGCACCAAGUGCAACACGCAAAUCGGCUGCACGAACGGCGGCCCCAACUCGUACUUCUGCGGCCCCUACCAGAUAUCGUACGCCUACUGGGUCGACGCUGGAAAGCCCGGAAACUUUGACCACUUCGAGAAGUGCCUGAAGGACCAGGUCUGCGCCGAGACGGCGGUGGUGAACUACAUGAACAAGUGGGGCACCGACUGCGACGGAGACGGCCAGGUCACGUGCUACGACUACGCUCGCAUGCACAAGGCCGGCCGCUCGGGCUGCCAGGCGGCGUCGUGGGUGGACGCGACCGACUACUGGGCCCAGUUCCAGGAGUGCUUCGGCCCGUCGCCCUCACCGCAGGGUCUCGGACCCGGCGACGACUCCGGCAUAAGCGGCCUCGAUGCCCGCAGCAACAAACGCAACUAGGACCCGCGCUGUGACUCCUCGUCGUUCGUGACGUUGUCAGCAGCUUCAAUGGACAAUACUCGUGGCAGCUAGCUUAAGGACUCUCUGCGUUGUUUUCGAUUACUUGAUCGGAUGUAAAAACGCGUUGACUCCUGGGUUCUCCAACUCCGGCUACAGAAUCGGGCUCCUUAAAAUAUGAUAGGUUACCUUUUGGCUGUGUUAUACGUAGUGCAGAACAGGGUCACGCGUGUGCCGCUGAGAGGGCUGUCAAGGACCGCACAGAACCCGCGCGCCACGUAGGUGUUUCAGAUUCCUAUCUUUUUAUCGGCGCAAAAUUUCAGCCUGCGGUGCACGGUGUCAGUUUACACUUUUUGGCUAAUAAUACAUGUACAGGGUGUAAAUGCAUCAUGGAAACGUUAUUUGCGUCGGUGGCUUUAAUGGAAAAUGAUUGAGCUUUCGUAGAACUGUGCGCGAGAAACUGCACACAACGCUCUGUUCAGCACAAUAUUCUUUACAAUUUUUUUUCAGGGGGGCUGCAGAUGUCUUUGGUGAGCAACAUGGUCUUGGCGAUGAAGCCACAUGGCGUGGAUUGUCCAGAAGUUUAUCUUCUUUCUGCUUUACUUCGUUGAUUUAGCGGGAACUAGUUGUGAUAUAACUUCAUGGUGUCACAUGCUACGCGACGAGCCGUAGAAAGGUAUAUCUGUUGCCAACUGCACCGAGUAGAAAUAUUCAUAAUUUUACGUAUCACUUUUACGUACAAGACAGGUGACAAAUUUCGGUACCGACCUACAAGCUAGUUCAGCUCGAUGCCUUGACGACUGCAUGACAAGUUACGCACGGGUCCACCGUAACAUACGCCUAAUCUCGCGUCAAUAAUGUACAAAGUAACGUUGCCAUCAGGGUUGGACCGGACAGUGUCACGGAAACUUUUGGAAAUCGCAGCGGAAUGCCUGUUUUUGCUGGAUUCUCGACUUAUCAAUCACAGGGUUGUUUGUGAAACUACAGGUUGUGGAAGAUGUCCACGACUACGACGUGAGGAGGAUCUUCCUCGCCAAUUUCCGAGAGUUUGUUUUCGACCUUUUUCCUGCUGCGUCGCGUGACUCACUUGAGUUGCGCUCGUCGUGGUAAGCUCGCAGUCCUGCAGGGUUGGAGAGAUAAGUGCGGUGGCACGAAACUGGGACGCUAAACGUCUAGCAGAGAAACGGAAUGCACCUGCGUCAGCUGGAAGUGAAGUCGUUAUCGAGUGUUUGCGUGCCUGCGCUGCCCCAAAAGCGAAUCGUCAUGUAUUUUUUUUCUAAAAAGAAAGUAAACACGUCGCUUGGUUUUUUA